ACUCUCGUGCUCUUCCUCGUCACUAAAGUUAACUUCCAUUUCUUAAUUUUUUUGAAUUCAAUCCCAUUACAUCUUUCCUGUCUCCUCAAGGGGCGCUUCCUUGGCUCCCGAAACUAUCCUAUUAACCUCAUUUGAUUUUUUGCUUUGUCGAGCCUUGAAGUCUCUCCUACCGUAUCAAUCUUCUUUGGUUUUCAUUUGGUGCUUUCACCGCCAAUCGCGGUUCCCUCCAUCGAGGCCCCUCCACCAUGGGCGCAAGUACAAACGGACGUCCUGCCCAAGCGAAGCAACGGGCGUCAAAUGGAGCCUUCACGACUGCCCCGACGUAUUCUAGCUCUGCUGGGAAGAAGAGUUUCUCGGGAACGGUGUCGAGUGUUGCACUUCGACUUAUUGUAUGGUAUGCCAUACUCACGGCCCUUUUCCGGUGCCCUUCGUCACUUGAUGACCUCACCGCCGAAUCUCCCAAGAUUUGCAAGCCUUUCUUGAGCACACGUGCUAGUCUCACGCCUUACGUGACACCAUACUACGAUACCUACGCGGCGCCCUAUGUUGCUGGAGUUCGUCCUUACUUUGACCGCAUUGAAAAGGACGUGGUCUCACCAGUCGUGGGUUUCAGCAAAAACACUUACGCCACGCACGGUGCUCCGCAUGUAAAGAAAUUGCAAGACUAUGGGCUCCAGGAAUGGGAAAGAACUAUCUCUCCAAAGGUAGACGCUGCUAGAGCUGAGGCGAAGAAGCAAUAUGACGCUUCCCUUGGUCCGCAUGUCGACAAGGCGUACAAUGCCGCCUCCCCGUAUUACCUGGCUUCUCGCGGCAAGGUCCUCCAAAUCUACCAGACGCACGUUCUCCCGUCAUAUAAUGCCGUUCAACCGCAUCUCAAGCAAGGAUAUGAAUUGAGCUACGACUUCACAGUCAAUACCGCUGUUCCCUAUACUCGCUCGGGACUGGCAUCUCUCGCGGAGUUUUUGAACAAGAACCUUUGGCCCAAGCUGAAGAUUCUCUAUGGCGAAAGUGUUGAGCCUCAGUUGCUUCGAAUCGGCGAACGACUUGGUAGAUACAAGGACGCAAAAGCCUUGAAAGAGGCGGUCCAGGAAGUUGAUAGUACCCAAACCCCCCCGGCGGCGACCUCGAUCCCAUCCAUAUCGUCGGCAUCUUCCCUUGCCUCCAGCUCCGCAACGGAAGUGAAUGAAUCAGUCACCUCUGCCUCUCUUUCUACUCAACCUGCCAGUACAAACGGCACCAGCGCCAGCAGCAGUACCGUGACCUCAUCGACUCUUGCACCCUCGUCCACUCCUGAUGACUCCGAAGAAGCUUUGGUCCGCGACAAGGUUGCAGCCGAUCUUAGAAACUGGCGUGAAAAGUUUGCCAAGGCGGCCGAUAAAGGUACUGAAGACCUUAAUCGACGCAUCGGCCACAUCGCGGACCGCCAGGUCAACAGCCAGGUCCAAGGGGUGGGCGAAUCUUUGAUCAUUCAGCUUGAAGAAGUCUCUAAAUCGGAACUUCAAGGUCUCAAGAAGAAGGUCAGCUCGAUUAUCAAGUCUCUUCCCGAAACUCCAGAGGAGGAUGAAUACAAAAAAGCAGACGACGAACUUUUGGCUGCUACUCGGGCUGCGGGAUUGAGUAUCAAGGGAAAAGCCCAAGCACUUCGCUCGUGGAAACGCACCUAUGAUGAGGAGACGGAAUCUCUUAUCACGGCAGCCUCAAAUUCGACCUUGGAAGUCAUUGAUAACAUCAGGGAUCUUGGUCUUCAGGAAAUUGGCCUGAGAUGGGCUUGGAUGGAGGGCGUGACCUACGAGGACUGGUCCAACUAUCACGCUCUCAAGAAGACAUUUGAAGAAUGGCGUGCCAAUGUCAAAACCGUUGCAUUGCAACAUGAAGAUUUCCUUCGUGCCAAGGACGCCGCAGCUGACGCUGAAGAGAGGGGUAUGGCCACUGCCGAAGAAGCAGCGCAGGAGCUCGCCAGACUCAAGGAGGUCAGCAAAUUCAAAAUCCGAGCUCGGGAUCUCAGCGAUGACUUUGAGACAAAGCGUGAUAUUCCGGCAGCUGCGGUGCAAGCGGGGCAAGAGAUUCUCGAAAAAAUAAAAGAUGCCGGCGAGGGUAUUCUUUCCCAUUCACCACUUCAAUCCUCUGAAGAGUCAGAGGAAGCUUCGUCCCACUCCAACGUUGUAAGCUCGAUCAGUGGCGCUGCACAAGAGGUGUCUGAAGAUGCAUCGGAUGCGUUCUUCGGUUCAAGCCAGCCGCUUACGGAUAGUAUUGCUUCAGUGGCUUCUUCGAAGGUUCCCGAGGCUCUCGGUGUCUCUUCUUCCGAAGAACUUACUGAAACUCCUCUGGAAGUUGUCGAGUCAAUCAUGAAGACAGUGGUCGACGCCGCGUCAUCUCCGGCCUCAUCAAUUGUCUCAGAGAUAUCUGACGACUUUACGCUAGCAGAAUCAUCUCUCACUGAAUCGCUUUCUGCGGCAACCUCUACCGUCGAGAACUCGUACGAAAGUCUCACAGAAAAGGCAAGCUCUGCCGCAACUCCACUGGAGUCGAAACCCUCUAGAAAAGUAUUCGGCGGCGCCAUGGCUCAGUUUGUCGAAGCUCGUGAGAUCGUAUAUGACGACAUUGUCGUAGAUGAUUCUGAUGCGGCCAGCUAUUCAGAAAAGCUGGAAAGCAUUGUCAGCCAAGCUGGAGCCAGAUAUUCUGACGUGACAAAGGCAGUCAGUGAAGCUUUGCUCAAACCAUCAAGCACCCAAGGGGCUGUCGAAAGUGUCACGUCUCUCGCCAGCGAACAAUACUCCAGGGCCCUUGAAGCAGCGUCGAUUGCUCUCUAUGGUACUUCGCAGGGACCUUUGGAGAGCGCGACCAGUGCGGUGGCUGAUCGAUAUAAUGCGGCUGUUUCAGCUGCGUCGUCUGCGAUUUAUGGAACGCCCACUCCGCUUGCUCAGUCGCUUGUGGCUGAAGCAAGCUCUCGGUAUGCUGACGCCAUCAAUGCUGCGCAAGAUCACUAUUCUCGCGCCAAGUCUAUUGCAUCCGCUCAAAUCUCUGGAAAACCACAACCUGUCCAUGACCAGAUGUUCUCUUCUAUAGAAGCUGCCUAUUCGGGGGCUGUCACGAAAGCUAGCAGUAGACUACAGGCCGGCUUGGGCGCAGCCUCUAGCGGCAUUUAUGGAACAACCGUAAGCCCUCAAGAAGCCGUGGUGUCGGCGGCAUCGGCCAAGUUAUCAGAGGCAUUAGAUGCGGCGUCGUCGCAAUAUGAACAUGCCAAAGCUGGAAUUACCGGCUCUUCUCAGCCUGCACAUGAAUCGCUGCUGUCUGUGGCCGAUAAGAAAUAUUCAGACGUGGUGGAGGAAGCUAGCUCGAGAUAUUCAUCGGCUACUGCUGCAGCAUCUAAUGCACUCUUCGGUGCUCCCCCCAAUGCAUUUGAAUCGGUUUCUUCUCUCGCCUCUUCUAGGCUCGCAGAAGGCCUCAGCAGCGCUUCGGCACAAUACUCCAGUGCAAAGGCUGCAUUCGGUGCGCAGCCUACUCCUACCCCUCAGCUGAUCGCAAGCGAAGCGCGUCGCCGAUAUUACGAGGGUAUCGGCAUGGCUCACGAUCAAUACUCUGAAUUUGUCAAUGCCGCGUCCAGCGCUCUGUAUGGGACACCUUUGCCCUAUCACCAAAGUAUCUAUAACGCUGCAAGCGAUGCAGUUUACUCUACGGCUCUUCCAGGCUAUGAGAGUUUGCUCUCCGCUGCUCGCGACCAAUAUAAUAACGCCGUCGCAUAUGCAUCGAAGCAUCUAGAUCAAGCCGUUUCCUCCGCUUCAUCAAUGGCUGGGCGGACCAGCGAUACGCCAGCUCAGAGUAUCUUGAAUGCUGCUUCGUCACAAUACGACUCAGCCGUUUCGGCUGCAUCAGCUUCGCUCUCCUCGGCCUCGCAUGCCGCCAGUACAGCGAUCUACGGAAAGCCUACCGGAGCUGCGGAAUCGCUUGCUGCGGAUAUCUCAAACCAAGCUCAUCUUGCCGCAUCGGCCGCCAGUUCACAGUUAUUUGGAAGCCCUACCCCAUGGGCCGAGUCAGUGGCAUCCCAAGCGUCUCAGAACUGGGAAGCUAUUAUCUCCAAAGCAAGUGAACAAAUUUAUGGCUCUCCCACGCCAUUCGCCGAAUCAGUGCGCUCUCAGGCAGCAGAUUAUGCUGCUCAAGCUACUGGCAUUGCUGUGUCCCAGUAUGACGUGGUAUCUGCUCUAGUUUCCGAUCUUAUUGUAGGAAGAGAGCCCGACUUUACAGAAAGUGUUAUGAAUCGACUCAACUCUGCCUACUCUACUGGCUACCCGGAACUAGCCUCUUCUGCAUCCGAGUACGCGGCAAAUGCUUAUUCUUCUGCUUCCUCGCUCGUUGCGCCUUUGUUUACGCCGCCACCAGCUCUGGAAGCAAUUCUUGCAUCAGCCAAUGAGCAAGUCAAUGCAGCUGUAGAAGCUGCCAGCAUUCAAAUCUACGGAAGCAGCACAGGCAACUACGAGAGGGCGACUUCCGCGGCAGCUAGUGCAUACAGCUCGGUGCAGUCGAAAGCCAGCGAUGCCAUCUAUGGCACACAGCCUGGAUAUGUUGAGGCGGCGCAGAGUCAAAUAUCCGAUGCCGCUGUGUCUGCGCAAAGUGCCAUCUCUGUCGCAAUCUACGGAACGCCAACAGGCACAGUGGAGUCUUUGACUCACGCCGUCGAUGACACCUAUUCUUCUGCAACCGCGGCUGCUGCCGACAAUCUAUCAUCUGCCUCAUCUCUCAUGAGCAGUGCUUAUUCGGCUGCGCAAGCGAAGAUUACCUCGGCUGUCUAUGGGCCAGAACAGGGAGCCCUUGAGAGCGCGCAGAGCAGACUCAGUGUAGCAGUAGAGAGUGCCAGAGUUCGGCUCACGGAGUUCGUUGGGAACGUUGGCGAAGGGGCGGGCGAGGCUGCUGAUUCCAUUCAAGAGAAUGUGGAAUCCAUAGCUAGCCAAGUGAGUAGUGCCGCCGCAGAAGCCACGCAAAGACUUCGUGACGAAUUGUAAUGAUGAUGUGGCAAUGUUUAAAAAGGGACAUAUGUGGGGACAAAGAGCUGAAUGAAGGGCUGUAUUCCCUCGUGCAUGAUAAAGGGCGACGAGCAAAUGACGAAACUCUUGCAAUUUGGUUCGAAAUCUUUCUCUUUUAUUUCUCUUUUUCAAUUUCACUUGUCGGGAUUUUAAUGGCGGACAAGUGACUUUCCAAAUUUCUUUUGUCUAUCACAGCGUGGUGGUUUUCCGUAUUUUUCAAAUAUUCCUCUCUUUUUUUCCAUUUCACCAUUUUCUCUUUUUCUAGGCUUACAACUCAUCUUGUACUGUACGCUAGAAUUGCUUCUUCUGUUGCACGUUAGUG